AUUCAGUGUCAAAAGAUGUCAAAAUUUUGACUUAAAUGUCAAAUAAUGUCAAAAAGUUUACUUAUAACCAAGGGAAUCACAUGUUAUAUUGUUUAAAACCGGGUAUAGUAAACAAAUAAUAACAGAUAAUUAUGAUACAAUCACCAAAAUCUGCAACACCCUCACCUCAAACGCCAAAUAAACAACUCAGUCGUUUUAGUCCAAUAAUAUUGCCUACAAGUCCAGCUGAACUUGUAAAUCAAAGGAAUAUAACAGGUCAGCCUAGAGUUGUAAGAGAUAUAAUUGCAGAUUUAUACAACAAUAUUCAGAAAUGGAACAUCAAACAUGUCACAGGGGCUGCAAUUGUUCAACAAAUUACAAUUAUAAAGAGUCAGGGAGCAGAACAAUUACCAUCAGGCUUAGAAUCACUUGUAACACAACUGUAUGAAGUUGUGCAAUGCUUGAAAACAUGUUGUAAUGCAUUAACUUUCUCAAGAAAUCAAAUAACAUCUUUAGAGCUGCAAAAAGACUGUGAACCUAUGUUUAUAACAUUAACAAUAGAGCAAAUGGCUAAUCUUUUAAAUGAAAUUGUGGAUGCUUAUGAAGAAGAGUUAAAGGCUAAGGAAUUUAUCCUUGAAAAUAUUGCUUACUCUAGAACAAAACAAGAAGUUAUGUUCUUUUCUGCCAACUGGGUACAUCAAAUCAAUAUUAAACCUGAAAUUAAUUUCAAGUUAGAACAAUUGUUAACGGAGACGGGUCACAGAAGGAUAAUUUAAUAAAGGUAUUUCUUUGGAA